AUGGCCGAUGAAAGAAAUUUUCGAUCUGCUUAUUAUGAAAAAGUGGGUUUUAGAAGUGUAGAAGAAAAGAAAUCGCUCGAAAUUUUAUUGAAGGAAAAACCUUUGGAUCACGGCAAGCUGAAACAGUUUUGCUUGAGAUUUUCUGUACCAACAACUUAUAGAAAUUUAAUAUGGAAAUUACUACUAGGAAUUAUCCCUGUUCAUGUAGAUUCACACAACUUUAUUAUGGACCAAAGAAAACAGGAAUAUCACGACCUACAUAGAGCACUAACUAUAAUGAAAGCCAUAGAUUCAAAUACACCAAAACAACAAGUUACUUUAGCCAUGUGGCUGUUACAGUCAGGAAAUUAUAUAAUAGAUACCAAUUUAACAACAGAAAGAGGGUUUACCAAUAUCGUACAAUCUUUUAUGCAAUUUUUUGAUGAUGAUACUGAUAUUUUUUGGUUGUCUAGGAACUUUUAUGAAAAUGUAAGAAAAUUUGAGUCAGAAAUUGGUAAAUUGGUGGAAAAAACUCAUGUUUUAUUGGAGAAGGAGGAUCCAGCAUACUACAAGCAUUUAAAUAAAACUGGAAUUUUAGACAAUUUACCCCUGAUUAAAUGGUUUGAUUGUUGUUUUGCUGGUAUUUUAAAUAAAACCGCUUUGGAGAGGAUUUGGGACAAACUUUGUGGUGGAUCAUACAAAAUUCUUGUGUUUGUUGCUGUCGUUCUUUUAACAACCCUUAAACCCAGGAUUUUGAAAUGUACAAAUAUUUCUGUAGUACUACAAUAUAUAAAGAAUAUUACAGAAGAAACAGCUGAUGUCAUUGCUAACAAGUCUAUAGAAAUGUGGCAGCAGCAUGGAAGUCCACUAACAAUACAUGAUAAACCAAAGCCAUAG